ACUCUAGUGUUGUUGCUCAGCCGGCAAAAUGGUGAAUUGGUGCUUCUUGUCGGAUCACGUUUUAGAGGUCAUAUUCUCGUACUUGGACGUGCAUGACUUAAGGAACUGUUCGUUAGUGUGUAAGACGUGGUACAGAUACUUGAAUGACGAGAACAACGACGUGUGGCGGCUGCAUUGCAUCAGAAAGUUAGCCGAGGAGGCUUUGAAAUCGGACCUAUUAGCAUCUGUUCCCACUUAUAAAGCCAAGUUAAGAGCCUUUUACCAUGCGUGGAACCCGAAUGACUGCUCGAGAAACAUUUAUGUCAAGCCCAAUGGCUUUACACUGCACAGAAACCCGGUGGCCCAGAGCACGGACGGGGCCAGAGGGAAGAUCGGGUUCAGGUCAGGCAGACAUGCCUGGGAAGUGGUGUGGGAAGGACCCCUAGGCACUGUAGCUGUCAUUGGCAUUGCUACAAAGGACGCGGCUGUGCAGUGCCCCGGAUAUGUGGCGUUGUUAGGCUCCGAUGAGCACUCCUGGGGAUGGAAUCUAGUCGACAAUCAUUUAUUACACAAUGGAGACUCCCAGGGGAAUUACCCCUUGUUGAACAAUGCACCAAAGUAUCAGGUAGGAGAGAGAAUACGAGUGAUAUUGGACUGUGACGACAACACUUUAGCAUUUGAGAAGAACUAUGAAUUUCUUGGCGUUGCAUUUAGAGGUCUGCCAGAUAAGCAGCUAUAUCCCUCUGUUUCUGCAGUUUAUGGCAACACAGAGGUGUCAAUGGUAUACUUAGGACCCCCAUUGGAUGGCUGACCCGCUGUAUGCUUAGCACAGAUAAUACCAGGCUGCAGAGCGCAACAUGGUUCCUCGCUGAUCUCAAGGGAUUGUCCGCCCACAAGCCCUCGUACAUUAUGACGGGUGUGCGGCAAGUCAUGUAUGGCAGUGGUCGACUGCAAGAAAUGACGCUUCGGCUCUGAAAGAUGGCUUUCAGUGAGUGAUGGAGCUCAAAGGGGACAGAUGGCCAAUGCAGGAAGACGGCUGUAGUGUGGUGAGUUGUCUUGCCGUCUCCCAAGAAUAGAGCUGUAUUGUACGCAAAAA